GGCGGCACUGACUGGCACUGAUAGGCGGCACUGAUAGGCAUUGAUAGGUGGCACUGACUGGCACUGAUGGGUGACAUUGAAAGGCAGCUCAGAUGGGCACUGAUAUGUGGCAUUGAUGUGCACUGGUAUGCACUAUGUGGCACUGAUGGGCACUGGCACGUGGCACUGAUGGGCACUGGCACGUGGCACUUCUGGGGCCACACUGAUCAUCAGGGCACACUGAUCAUCACUGUCAGCGUGACGUCUUCAGGUCUUUCCCUGAGCCACGCAUGCGCAGUGAGAAUGGUAGGACGU